AAGGUCGGUGAUUUGUGAUAUGUAAUUCUGCACAUGAUUCCGAGCCAGUGUACCCUUCAUAACUGCAAUCUGGUAGCAAUGACUUAAAGGCUCCCGGAGAAACCAAGCCCCAAAACCAGCAAAAUGAGCCCCAAAGAGAACGAACCUCUCUUGAAGGAGGAAAGUAGUAGUUAUGGCUCCUCCUCCUCCUCCGACGCACUGAACUUGGAAGGCACAGUGCAAGACAGGACCACCCAGUCAAAGGUUGUCAUACCAAAGAGGACUGUCAUAGUGGAACCAGUGUUCUUUAUGUUCAGCAUAGCAAUGAUAGGGAGCGUACCAGUCGUCGAGCAGUAUCUUUAUGCAAGAUUCUCAGAGCAGUUCCCAAUUCUAAGCAAUGUGACCCACGACAACGCAUCUGAAACAAUUAAUGGAACCGGUCCUUGUUCUCACGUGAAUAAGUCUGACCCAUAUUACGAGGCGACCCAAGCAGUGCAAGCCGAGACUUCCAAAUGGAUGAUGUACCUACAGGUGUUACCAUCUUUGCUGUCUGUCUUCACAACCUUGAUUUAUGGUGCUUAUUCCGAUGGUGUCGGCAGACGAGUUGCUCUUCUGAUCCCUUGCGCAUCAACCACUGUCAAAUUUGUGUUGAACUGCUUUAUAAUCUACUUCAACUUCCCAGUCUACUGCUUCUUGAUUGGCCAAGUCUUUGAUGGACUUGGAGGGAGUUUUGCUACUCUUACGUCUGCUGUGUUUGCAUACAUCGCUGAUAUCACCAGACCAGAUCAGCGGGGCAUGAGGCUAACAAUAGCAGAGACGUGUCUGACACUAGCAAUGGCGAUUUCACAACUCGGAUUAGGAUACUUCAUUAAAGCAACCGGCUUCUUCUGGCCCUAUCUAACAUUGACUCUUGUCCUUAUUCUGAAUAUGAUAUACCUAAUCUUUUUCGUGCCCGAAACAGUCGUUCCUAACAAGAAAAGGAGCUUCUCUGUAUUUAGAUCGUUAAAGCAAACCUACAGAUCGUUUACAGAGAAGGACAACAGCAGGAAUAUAAAACUGUUCCUCCUGACCCUAGCAGUCAUGUUGUACACGUUUCCAUUGCAAUCCCGCUUCACCUUACAAAUCCUAUUCACCAUGAACAUUCCUCUUUGCUGGUCGUCCGUGGAGGUAGGCAUCUACCAGGCAGUGGGCGCUCUUGCGAUACAGUUUGGAGGACUCGUCGGGCUGAAGAUCCUGAAGAUGUUCGGGAUGCCUGAGAUAUGGAUUGCUGUUGUUGGGUCUGUCUCGCUCAUAGCAAGUAAUCUGGUCAAUGCCUGGGCGGAGGACUUGUUACUCAUGUUAACAGUUGCUCUGGUGGGUGCCUUCCUAUUGGUAGGCGUGCCGAUGUUGAGGUCACUGACAUCCAGACUAGUACGAGUCGAUGAACAGGGUAAAGUGUUCUCGGGUGUGGGCUGCCUCGAAGCCUUGGUCUCCCUGACCAGUGCACUGGUGAUGAACCUCAUCUAUCAGAAGACUCUCUUCUUCAUGCAGGGAUUUGUCUUUAUCGUCAGUGCAAUGUUUGGAGUUGUCACAAUACUUGUUACCAUUCUCCUUGUCUGCCUUUAUGGAAACGACCUAGCCGUUCCUCGAGAAACUCUUCUUGCUGAUGAAGAAAAAAGUGAUCUUACAACCUCUGGCGAAAACAAACGAGAUUAAAGCCUUUCGUUUAGACCUGUUGUUGAUCCCACUGUCGAACUGGUGUAACCAAAGUCCGAACUGUUGUUGGUGGUG